UCUUCAUCGAGCGACUCCAGAGGUGCUACAUACCCACGGGGAGAAGCCUGUUAGCAUGGGAGUUGCUGCUGGCUGGUACAUGUUGUCAGCUCUCCUACAACAAGGCUCCAACACCUACCCAAUCAGCACUGCAGCACGGGUAAUCUACUGGGUUGGCUACAGUGUGUCCCUCAUUGUGUACACAUCAUACUCUGCCACACUGGUCUCACAUCUUGCUGUGGAGCAGCCUGCACCUCUGCCAUUCAGCAACCUGCGGGACCUGUCUAGGCAGUCAGGCUGGGAUGCUGGAUGCAACAACAAUGACCUCUUCCAAGUGAUAGCCCUCGGCUGCUCACAGGCCUCCACAGACACAAAUCCAGCCCUUGAUUUUCGUAAGCCAGAUGGUGGAAAACUCAGAAGAUUCAAGAGCGUGGGCACGAGAGCAGAGUUAAAUCAUUGCGCACAUAAACGCAGCAUCCAGCUUUGGACUGAAAAUGAGGAUAGAGAAAGUAAGAGGGAACAUGAAAAGGAGCUACUUCUGUCAGUUGCCUCAGACACCUGA